CUUGUGAUUUAAUUAUUCAUUAUUUUUCUUUUGCAUUGCUUGCUUGCCCUGUAAUUCAAAAUCGAGUUGGAAAAUUUGCAACAAGAAAUCCGGUCGGAUCUUGCUGCUUUGUGGGAUGUGGAUAUUGGUGGGUCUAGUUUCAUUACAAAGCCCCUAUCUUUCUCUUCACCUCCCCCACCUCCUCCCAUUCCCAUAGAAACACCAAAUCCACCUUCCUAAUUCCAUCAUCAUCUAUUAGCCCAAGUGAAAACUCAAAUGGGGAUGGCCGCAGAUUCUCAGUUUCAUGUUUUAGCUGUUGAUGACAGCCUCAUAGAUCGAAAACUGAUUGAAAGGCUUCUCAAGACCUCCUCAUAUCAAGUUACUACGGUUGAUUCUGGUAGUAAGGCUCUAGAGUUUCUGGGUUUGUAUGAGGAUGACCAAACCAAUCCUGACUCACCUUCAGUUUCCCCAAACAAUCAACAGGAAGUGGAAGUGAAUCUAAUUAUCACAGACUACUGUAUGCCAGGCAUGACAGGAUAUGAUUUGCUCAGGAAAAUCAAGGAAUCUUCUUCACUCAAGAACAUACCGGUUGUGAUAAUGUCAUCUGAGAAUGUGCCUUCAAGAAUAAAUAGGUGUUUGGAACAAGGGGCAGAAGAGUUUUUCUUAAAGCCAGUAAGAUUGUCAGACUUGAAUAGGCUUAGGCCUCAUAUUAUAAAAACCAAGUCUAAGGAUCAAAACCAAGAAAAGCCAAGAACUCAUGAAGAAGAAGAAGCAAGUCAAAAAUUGGAAAUGUCAUCAAAAAAAAGUCAAAAAUUGGAAAGCUCGGAGGUUAAGCAGGAACAACAAGAGCUACUACAUCAUCAACUACAAUUACAACAAUCACAGCCACCAAAUAGUAACAAGCGCAAGACCAUGGAAGAGGGGCUCUCACCUGAUAGAACUAGACCCAGAUACAGUGGCAUCACCACUGCCGUUUGAUUAUUAUCAUCAUCAAAUAGUUUUUCCUUCUCAUUUAAACUCUGUCUUUUUCUGUUUUUUUUUUUUCCAUUUCACUGCUGGUUGAUACCCGCCUGAAAUGUGUACAAAGACUUUUUCUUCAUGCAUACAACCAUUUACAUGGAACUGUACAACUAUUUCAUUCCAAA